AUGCUGCCGCUGCUCCUCCCGGCGCUGCUGGCCGCCUGCCUGCCGCCCAGCCAGGGCUGGAGCCCCUCGGCGGCUGCCAGCGGGCAGGAGGAGCAGGAGCAGGAGCUCUUCUUGCCCCCUGUCAACUCCUCCUCCCGCUCCUUGGCCAGCCUCGAGAUGGACCUCGACGGGGCAGCAACUUCGUUUACAAUCUCUCUUCGUACAGUGGACAAAAUCACAGUUAUGGUUAAACUGAGACCUGGUGUUCCAUCACGCUGUCAAAUUCGUGUUAAAAAUGUCAACAGGCCUGAACUCAAGAUAAAGCCUGGGGAGAACGUGACUUUUACGUUCACUUGUAGUACUCCGGAGAAGUAUUUCAUCAUGGAAAUUCAGAAAAAUAUUGACUGUGUGUCAGGUCCGUGUCCCUUUGGAGAUGUUCAUCUUUACCCACCGGGGCUACCUCGCCUUAACAGGACUUUCAUCUGGGAUGUGAAGGCGAGUACAAAGGCUGGACUUGAACUGAAAUUUUCUGCCCCGUGGCUAAGACAGAUUGAACCAGGAGAGACGUGCCCAGAUUUCGUUAGCUACAACAUUAACAGCCGUAUCGAUACAGCCACAGUCAACAUUGGCACCUUCUGCAGGAACGGCUCGGUGUCUCGCGUCAAGCUGCUGGGAGGAGUCGUCAUGUCUCUGCACCUCCUGUGGGACUCUCCUGUCACCACCUCGGGCUUCAGCAUAGCUAACAGGGCUUCCAUAAAACGGUUAUGCAUUAUUGAAUCCAUUUUGAACGGGGAGUCUUCAAUCACCCUGAUGUCCCCAAACUACCCGCUGGGCUUUCCAGAAGAUGAGCUCAUGACAUGGCAGUUUGUGAUUCCUUCCAACAUGAGAGCAAGCGUGUUUUUCCACAACUACAGCCUCUCCAACUGCGAAAGGAAAGAGGAGAGGGUGGAGUACUACCUCCCCGGCUCCCUCAGCAACCCGGAGGUGUUCAAGCUGAGCGACAGCCAGCCUGCCAAUAUCGCUGGCAGUUUCAACCUGUCCCUGCAGGGCUGCGAUCAGGAUGCCCAGAACCCAGGCAUCCUCCGCUUGCUCUUCCAAGUCGUCGUUCAGCACCCGCAGGUUGAUGAGAAUGUCACCUAUUUGGUCGACCUGAGCAAGGAAUGGAAUAUGACUGUAACGAUACACUUCGAAGGGUGGCCCAGCCACAUGCCGUCCAUGUCUGAACCGAUAUGCCUGAUCUGUAAGGAUCCUCGCACCUGCGACCGCGUCUUGACUUUAGAGUCUGGCACCGUCUACAAGAUCUCCUUUCUGUGCAAGGACUUGUCCCGUCUGAGGAUCACAGCUGAAAAAGGCAUAAGCUGUGUCGAUCUUCGGUGGUGUCAGAGGAAGAUCUAUUCCCUUUCGGUGCCCAUGGCUAUUACCAAAUUGCCAAUUCGACUGCAUAAGUUUAUUUGGAAACUCUUGGCUCCUGAUCUGAUCAACAUAGAAAUUACAUCUCCAUCCUUGAAACUUCAGCAACAUGUCCCAGAGCAGAGGUGCAACACAAGCUACAGUUACAGCAUUGUUAGUGCCACCCCAGAGACAGAGUUGAAUGUUGGUAUAUUCUGUCCUGGUGGAUCCAUUGAAAAGAUUCAGAUGAGGAAUAAUAUCACCAUAUCCUUAAAAACAUUUGGUAAAGGAUUCCUCAAUGCGUCUAACCAUCAGGAUCUGAAAAUGUCUUUUGUGCCACAUAUUAAAGAUGAGUGCACUUUCACUGUGAGUCCAGAUCCAAAAGCUAAAGUUUACUUGCAGACUCCCAGCUGGCCGUAUGGUCUACCUCCUUACGUCUCCAUAUCCUGGUACGUCGUCGUGCCCAGCAAGCAAGUUGCCCGCCUAGGAUUCUCCAAGGACCGCAUGGGCAUCGCUUGCGAGACGGGCCGUGCCUAUGUCAACAUAAAGGAAGAGACAUCGGGGGCAGAGGAAACGGUGCGCCGUGAGGACGAGCUUCUGCCUGAGCCCCGAAAUAUGUAUCACGACUUCUGGGUAAACAUUUCCAACUGUAAACCUGUGGAUAAGAUGCAGCUGGCCUUGCAGUUCUGGGUGACUUUUGCUGACAGGCAGAUAGACCUAGGAAUGAUACUUGGUGUGGUGGCUGGGGCUGGAGUUCUCGUGGCUAUUGGACUCACUGUGGGCUGUGUUAAGAAGAAGAAGAAAAGCCAGAAUCCCAUGGUGGGAGUGUACAAUGCUAAUGUGAAUACCCAGGUGCCUAGAAAACAAGGCUUAUUCACAAAAGGGAGGAAAACCAAUGAGUCUCAUGUCUAUGCCGUUAUUGAUGAUGCUGUGGUCUAUGGGCACUUGCUGAAGGAAUCCAAUGGUUCAGUCGCUCCAGAAGUUGAUGUGUACAGGCCUUUCGAUGGACCCAUUGGUAGCUUGCCGCCUUCUCCACCUCCACUCUCCUUCAGAAAAGACAUUAAACACUCUAACACAUCUGACACUGAGGAACCUCCACCUCUGACGGACGCAGACCAUGACACUUACACAUUUGCUCAUCAGAAGUCAGGGCAAUCAGAGGACAAUGGAGAUACAAAUGAAAAGAAUAACGGAGAUACGAGCAUGUCCUUGCUAGAAAAUAAGGAACAGGACAGUUCGGUGGAGUAA